AUGAGAAACGUUGCAGCGGCGCUGUUUGUUAUUCUCACAAUCUUCAAGUUAAGGGCUGCUAAAUGUUUCGUAUCAACAGUACUUUGUUCGCGUAUACCUGGCCUUUCGCAAAUCCAGCGUCAGAUAUGCACAGAAUCCUCAGAUGCUGUUGUAUCAUUAGCAUCCGGGCAGAUGUUAGGAGCGAAUGAAUGCCAAAAACAGUUUUACGGUCAUCGAUGGAACUGUACUCACGUUUGGAAUAAUGACAUGCUCGGCCAGAUAAUAGUAAUAGGUUCAAAAGAGGCUGCAUAUACAUAUGGCAUAACUAGCGCCGGAGCAGUUUACUCCAUAACUGCAGCAUGCGCUAAAGGAAACAUUACUACGUGUGGUUGUGACACGAAACAAAAAAGUUUUUUUUCCAGUGAGACUGAAAACUGGAAAUGGGGAGGUUGUUCCGUCGACAUUGGUUACGGUAUGCGGUUUGCAAAAAAGUUCCUCGAUGCCCGUGAAAUCGAAAACGAUAACCGCAGUCUUAUGAACCUGCACAAUAAUCGUGUCGGAAGAAAGAUAGUGAAGCUUCUCUUGAGGACUGAAUGUAAGUGUCACGGCGUUAGUGGUUCCUGUGCCAUGAAAACCUGCUGGAAAAGCCUCCCAUCGUUUCACGUUAUUGGUAACACCAUGAUGAAGAAAUACCGCAAAGCCAAGAUGGUACACGGGAUUCACCUGCGAAAUAGUCAUCUUCAACUCGUGGUGAAACGUAAAGGCAACAAGAUGCAGCAAAAAAAUGGAAAUAUACUGAAUGAUGGUCAAAUUCCAAAGAGAACGGAGUUGGUCUAUCUGGAGCCUUCGCCAAAUUAUUGUGAGCGUAACAUCAGUAUUGGUGUUCUGGGCACAACAGACAGAAAUUGCAAUCGUACUUCAACUUCCAUGGAUCGCUGUGAUCUACUCUGUUGCGGACGAGGCUACAACACGCACCAGAUCGACCGGACCUGGCAGUGUAAUUGUAAAUUCAAAUGGUGUUGCACUGUGACAUGCGAUGUCUGCUCCGAGCGUAAGGAAGAAUACACUUGUAAAUAA